AUGCGUUCGUUUACGUCAAUCGCCGCUAGUGCGCUAGCUGCUCUUCCGCUGGCCAUCGCUUCACCGGAUCCGUCUCAUAAACCUUACAACCUGAACGACAGCUUUUACAAGCCGGAACGUGUCAUCAACACUGAUGUUGUGAUUAUCGGUGGAGGCGGAGUUGGAACAUACGCAGCCAUUCAGCUCAAGGACCAGGGCAAGAAGAUCGUGGUCAUUGAGCAAAAGGCUCGGAUAGGAGGCCACACUGAGACCUACACCGACCCGGAAACUGGCUAUCCUAUUGACAUGGGGGUGAAGCUCUACCAUGACGAACCUAUCGUUCACGAAUGGUUUGCCCGCUUCAACCUUUCCACAUCUAAGAUUGAUUUCGGCCUCACUGCCGGCCCUGGGUCCCAGAACGUCGACUUUCGGACUGGACAGGUCUUACAGGGCCUGCCAGCUGCCAAUCAAACGGCCCUAGCAGCAGCUCUGCAGCGCUACGCUGCUGUACUUCAAAAGUACCCACAAUUGGAUGGCGGCUUCUACCUCCCAGACCCCGUCCCUGAGGACCUGUAUAUGCCCUUUGGCCAGUUCGUGCAGAAAUACGACAUAGCGGAUGCUGUUCAGUUCAUCUUCGGAAUCACGUCAGCUUUUGGCGAUAUCCUCGAGCUUCCCGCGCUGCAACAAUUCCGUACCUUGUCUCUCAGUCUCAUCGCAACCACCAGCAACUUUCAAACCAGCUCUGUCAUGAACAACAGUCUUCUCUUUGAGAAGGCCACUGACGAACUCCUCGCAGCCAAAUCGCUUCUUCUCUCCUCCAAGGUGCUUGCCACAGAGCGCAUCAGCGAAUGCGGCUCUGUGAAGGUCCUCGUCGAUACUCCCAAAGGCCGCAAACUUAUCAUUGCCAAGAAGCUCCUGAUAACCAUCCCUCCCACUACCACUGCCCUUGCCAAGUUCGACACCAACCAAGACGAGUUAAGUCUCUUCAGUCAGUUCCAGGCCGUCGGAUAUUACACCUCUAUCAUCCGUAACGCCGGUCCCGUCAACAUCACGCUGCAAAACCUCGCCCUCGACAAACCCUACGCUCUACCCCCGAUGCCUGCCAUCUACAACGUGAACCCCACAGCGAACCCGUCGCUCAGCCUCGUCUACUACGGUACCAAACUAGGCGAAAUCGUUAGUGAUGACGAGGCCAAAGCCGCCAUCAUUGCAGACCUGAAGCGUUACCAGGCCGCCAACGGCAUCAACUCUACUGAGCCCGAGAUUGUGGUUUUCAGCAACCACAGUCCGUACAACAUGCUGGUUGGCUCUAAUGCGACGAAGGCGGGAUUCUACAAGGAUCUGUAUGCGCUGCAGGGACUGCGGAACACGUUUUGGAGCGGUGCUGCGUGGAGGGCACAUGAUAGCUCAAGUUCCUGGGCGUUCACGAAAAACAGUGUUUUGCCGGCGCUAAUUGCAAGUUUGUAG